UCAUCACCGCGUACUACAGCCAAGAGUCAAGUUUGGUCAAAACGUUUUUAUCGUACGAACCCAACGGAUCUCCGUUUUGGUCCCGCUUCCGAGUAACCUAUUUUGUUCCACUGCCCCGAAAAGAAUCAACCUAAACGAGGUUCCUGAACCAUGGGUAUUGGGUAUGGCGCCUCCGACGAGAAGCUGGAGAAGCAGAUCGGCUGCGUAAAGUACACGCUCUUUUGCUUUAACAUCGUGGCCUGGAUGAUAGCGACGGCACUGUUCGCCCUGACGGUCUGGCUGAGGGCUGAACCGGGCUUCAACGACUGGCUGCGCAUCCUCGAUGCUCAGUCCUUCUACAUCGGCGUGUAUGUGCUUAUUGGUAUAAGCAUCAUAAUGAUGGCUGUCAGCUUCCUCGGAUGCCUCAGUGCGCUGAUGGAAAACACUCUUGCGCUGUUUGUGUUCGUGGGAACCCAAGUCUUUGGGUUCAUUGCCACGGUGGCCGGAUCGGCGGUUCUCAUGCAGUUCAGCACCAUGAAUUCCAGUCUUCAGCCACUGCUGAACGUUUCGCUGCGCGGCUUUGUAGCCACUUCCGAGUACACCUACUCUAACUACGUGCUGACCAUGAUUCAGGAGAACAUCGGCUGCUGCGGAGCCUCUGGGCCGUGGGAUUAUCUCGACCUGCGCCAGCCGCUGCCCAGCUCCUGUCGCGACACCGUCAGCGGCAACGCCUUUUUCAACGGUUGCGUCGACGAGCUGACCUGGUUUUUCGAGGGUAAAACCGGCUGGAUAGUCGCUUUGGCCAUGACACUCGGCCUGCUUAACGUCAUCUGUGCUGUGAUGAGCUUUGUCCUCGUGCAGGCGGUCAAGAAGGAGGAGGAGCAGGCCAGCAACUAUCGCCGCUAAAUUGCCCCGAAUAGUUAUGUUAGUUAGUAACGACAAGUGACCCUACGAUAGAUCUAAGAAUUCACACCCCUUUCGAACAAUAAGUACAAUAAAGAUUGCGACCCCUAA